UAAUGGGUAUCCAAUAUUUGUGGGGUGUGCCGGGUGUUCGGAGGCAACAGGUUCAACCCUUAGCCAGCGAAGCUUUUCGACCCGAAAGCUGCGAGGAGCUGCGCAGGCGUCGACUGCGGCAGAGGCAGGGGCAGCGGCAGAGGCAGCGACAGCGACAGAGGCGGCGGCAGAGGCUGCGGCGGACUUUCCGCCAAGCGGACGGAUUUGGAUUUGGCCAAAAAAGCGAUUCAGUCUCAGUGCGCUGUUGUCGCUGCGAUAGGCGCAUCGCUGGCAUUUCCUGGCCGUUUUUGAACAUUUUCGAACAGAAACACCUCUUGGCAGGCCGUUUGUUUUUUGUAAUUGUAAUAAUUUCUGCGCUUCCCGCUCCCAUAUACCACAUAAGACGCCCCCCAGCCGCCCGUCCGCCCAUCUCAGCACCACUCAUCAGCAUGGAGCAGAUGUGCUACCUGACGCUGAGCCUCCUGCUGGCCAUCGUCGUGCUCUACGGGCUCCUGGAGCUCCACUACUUCCUGCGCAUGUGCCUCUGUGUCCUGCUCGCGCGCUUCGUCAAGAGACGCUGCCACAUCCUGGACGUCACCACUGUGAACGGAUUGUGCCUCACCAACGAUGUGGACACAUUGUUGUACCACAUGAACAACGCUCGUUAUUUCCGGGAGCUGGACUUCGCGCGCGUGGACUUCUACGAGCGGACCAAUCUGUACCGCACCAUCACGGGAAUGGGCGGUUCCGUUUUCCAGGGGGCGGCCACCAUCCGCUACCGCCGUUUCAUCCGCCCCUUUCACCGGUUCAACAUAGUGUCGCGGAUAAUUUACUGGGACGAACAGUCGCUGUUCAUGGAGCACCGCUUCGUGCGUCCGUCGGACAAGUUCGUGCACUGCAUCGCGAUUUGCCGCCAGCGGGUGAUCGACGUGUCCAUGGAGGCGGUGAUGGCGGAACUCCUGCCCAGGACCUCCUCGAACGGAUUCCGGGCGACGUCGUCGCCAUCGCUAUCGCCAGCGCUGGCUGCCCCAUCGACGACGCCGGCGUUGGGUGGGAUUAGCAAUCCGGCGAUGGACACUUCACUGGCGGAGAACGGACAUAGUGCGACCGGAGGGACGACGGUUGCCACGCCCACAGCCGCAGCGGCGUCGCACUGCCUCAAGUUGAAGCCCUCGUUGCCGCCGGAGUUGUCCAAGUGGAUCGAGUACAACGAGAUGUCCAGCAAGAAUUUGCGCAGCGGCUGCUGACUGGAAUCGUUCGAAUCGUUGGAAUCGCCGCAAGCGGAAGCGCAAGGGAAAGCGGUUGCGCAACCGGAAACGGAAACUCCCAUUAACCCAUUUUUUUUUGCCUCGCGUGCUUGUGUGUGUAUGUGUGUGUGCUAAUGUAAAAUUCCUAAGUGUGCCCGUGGAAUGUGUAAAUUAUAAGCUAUGUAAGUGUCUGAAAAACAAAAAACCCGCCCUCUUUUGGCCUUAACUAAUGUAUUGUAUAAUUACCCAGAAAUUAGCCACGCCCCCUGAACAAAAAAAAAAACAAAUACAAAAUCCUUGGUAGUCCAAAGUGUGUAAAUUAUGAUGUACAAUGAUUGUUUAGUAAAAUGAAGAGAAGAGUGUAAAAAGAAA